AUGGCCACAUCUGUCAUCGAUGGCGCCCGUGAUGCGAUCACUGCCGGCGCAAUCGGCGGCAAAGGAAAGGGCAAGAUUCGGCCGCCGCCCCCUCCCAAAGCCAAAGCAAAGCCAAAGGCGGAGGGCUACACAUCUCAGCCUCAGGGCAUGUAUGAUCAGCAAUCGAAGAUGCCUCCCCUGCCAAAGCCUGCAGCUGACGAGGCACUUGUCAGGAUCGCCAAGCUGCAGUGUGACGACGGCUCGUGGCGUCUUUCCGAUGAGCUUGCCACAGCGCUGGGACUGUAUCCCUCUUCACUGGCUUUGUCGCCAACACCGGCAGCUUCCGUUCCGAGUUGGGACCGCCUGGUCGCCACAUCCACGGCCAGACAGGCCUUGGAGCGGUGCCGCUCCAUUCUGAACGCGCAGGGACGUGACCGCGACGAAACACUGGAGGUGGCCGGUGCGGCGUCCGUCCUGGGCGCGAAGCUGCUGGACGCCGCCAUUGAAUAUUUGGAUGCCAGGUGGCAGGAGGUUUCGGAGGCGAAGCACCUGCUCCAUCUUUAUGCUCGUCAGCGGCAUGGCCUGGACAGGGACAUUACGAAGCUGCUUGACCAGCAGCUGCCAAGACCCGACUGGCAGGCGCAGCUGAAGGCCAAGAUGUCGGUGCAGAAGACCUGCGAGGUCUGCGGAAGCACCUACACGGCAGCCGUUGCAAAAUGCUUGGCAUGCUUUCCACCUGAGCGCCCUGCCGAGCCCGAAGGACGAAAGGAAGACGGCUUGCACGAUUGGCAGAAGCUGUCCUCCGCUCCGCUCAGUGCGACCUUGGACUGGUCACCUGAAGGCAUCAAGUCUUGCGAAGGUGGAUCUGGUGGAGUCGCCUUCUUCAAGCUUCCUCAGGGUGUGGUUGUAGUGAAGCCGCAGAAAAUGAUGGCCGCUGCGGAAUUUCUGGCUAUUCAGGUAGCUAAAACCAUUGCAGUCCCUGUGGCGGACAUCCGAGUGGUGCGCUGGGUGGAUGCAGAAUAUGCAGCGAUUCGUGACUUUCUCCGGAGUGCUCCUCCAGGGAAGGAGCAGGACUUGACCAUGCUGGCCCUCAGAUUGCAGCUGCAUGAUUCGGAGUUCUUUGGCAUUCUGGAGUUCAUCCCUGGCAUCGGGGUCCAGGGUCAAGAACUGCAUGAGCGACUGGAAGCCAUGCCGCCUGAGAGAUUGGAUUCCUUUUGGUAUCAGGUUGGAGAGAUUGUUGCCUUCGAUGCCCUCAUCAACAACCUUGAUCGUGUCCCGCUUGUUUGGGACAACGAGGGCAACACUGCUAACUUGAUGCUGCGGGAGGACAAUGAAGGAGUUGCAGUGGUAGGCAUAGACCAAGCCGUGACUGCUAUCGUUGCUGAAGGUCCGGGCCGAGAACGAUACGCAGCUCGGCUGCGGGUCUUGGCCGAAGGCGUCUUCACGGGGUCCUGGAAGGAGGAGGCGUCGCAGGUACUGCCAAGCACGACUCGCGGAGGGACAUGGUCGAUUUGCAGUGGCAUGGCACACGUCUCUGAGUGCUUCCAGUUGUGCUGCGGUGCAACCGUCCAUUGGGAAGCUUUCAUGGCCGGCCUUCGAUUCCGGCUGAAUCACAUCGCAGACCUGGCAGAUGACGGCUCGCUGGGCACGGCGCUGGAUGAAGCCACCGCCGUAGCCGACCAG